AUUCUCGAAUUUGAAGUGUCAGUAUUCCUUCAUUCAUUAUUCAUACAUAUUCGUUCUAGACUUUACCGGAGCCUUAACAAAUAUUAAACUGAAUCUCUAUCUAGUGUUAUAAUUAAUGGGACAAGUGUUUAUAGAGGGGUGAUUCAAGAGUUAUUAACAAUAAUUAAAUACCGAGAUCAUGGAACAGGUCAAUCAUUUAAAGGAGAAAGGUAACGCCGCUUUGUCCUCCGGUCAGUAUGCCGAAGCCGUGAAACUAUAUACUAGUGCUAUAGAAUUAGAUCCAAAAAACCACGUUUUGUAUAGUAACCGAUCAGCAGCGCAUGCAAAAGCAGGUAACUAUGCAGAGGCGUUAGAGGAUGCAAAUAAAACAGUAUCCAUUAAUCCCACUUGGAGCAAAGGAUAUUCUAGAAAGGGUAGUGCUCUAGCUUACCUAGGCAGACAUGAAGAAGCCAUCCAGGCUUACGAAAAAGGUUUACAGCUAGAUCCUUCUAAUCAACAAUUAGCGUCAGGCUUAGCGGAGGUAAAGAAGCAAGCUGAAGAAGCAGAACUCGUAUCACAGACAUGGAUUGAGAAACUAAGAGCAAAUCCACAAACGAGGGAGUGGUUGAAUGAUCCGGAAUAUGUCCAACUAGUCAAGAACUUUAACCCGAGUGAUCCAAAUUCACUGAAUUGGCCGACACAAAGUGAAAGAGUUUUACCAACUAUAGCCGUUCUAUUAGGACUGAACCCCGAAAAAGGUAUGCCAAUGGAUGUCGAUCCUCCGGCAUCAGAGCCAAAACCAAAAUCGGCACCUAAAAAAGAAGAGCCUCCUAAACCUAAAUAUGACGAUCUCCCUGAGAACCGUCGGCUAGCUUUACAAGAAAAAGAUCUAGGAAAUGAAUGUUACAAGAAAAAAGACUUUGAUAAUGCUAUACAGCACUACAACAAAGCUAUCGAGCAUUACCCUACAGACAUUACGUUUUAUACAAAUCUAGCGGCCGUGUUCUUUGAACAAAAAGAAUAUGAAAAGUGCAUUAAAGAGUGUGAAAAAGCAAUUGAAAUCGGACGAGAGAAUAGAGCCGACUUCAAACUGAUUGCCAAAGCAUUCACAAGGAUCGGUAAUGCAUACAAAAAGAUGGAACAAUGGAAACUAGCUAAAACCUAUUUUGAAAAAUCAAUGUCGGAGCAUCGUACGCCAGAGAUAAAGACGCUCCUCAGCGAAGUAGAGAAGAAGAUAGUGGAAGAAGAGAAGAAGGCUUACGUAGAUCCAGUGAAGGCUGAACAAGAGAAGGAACUUGGCAAUGAAUUCUUCAAACAAGGAGACUACAGCACAGCCAUGAAACAUUACUCGGAGGCUAUCAAACGUAACCCCGACGACCCUAAGCUGUAUUCAAACAGAGCGGCCUGCUACACCAAGCUGGCGGCCUUCGACCUGGGCCUCAAGGACUGUGAACAGUGCUGCAAACUGGAUCCCAAGUUCAUCAAGGGCUGGAUUAGGAAAGGAAAGAUAUUGCAAGGCAUGCAGCAGGCGUCCAAAGCGCUCACAGCCUACCAGAAGGCUCUAGAGCUGGACCCCAGCAAUGUUGAGGCGCUGGAAGGUUACCGAGCCUGCUCCACACAGUUACACUCCAACCCAGAGGAGGUACGCAAGCGGGCCAUGGCCGACCCUGAGGUGCAGCAGAUCCUGCGAGACCCCGCCAUGCGCUGCAUCCUGGAACAGAUGCAGCACGACCCUCAGGCGCUGCAAGACCACCUCAAGAACCCGGACGUGGCGGCCAAGAUACAGAAGCUGCUGGAGUCGGGCCUCAUCGCCAUCCACUAGCCGCUGUAAGCUGGCCCGCGCCGGACCGACACGGGCCGCGCCGGACCUCGUCGGAGCGACGUUUUAGUUGUAAGCGUUACAAUGUAGCUGGAUCCUGUCGCGGUCACGGGUUGCGUCCGAGGAGCGGCCGACGGCCCAGGCUUGUACCAUUCCAAAGUCGGCUUCACUGUUGGCUUGGCGGUGAAAUUAUUUUGUACGAUUUGUUUUAGGAUCUAUAACGUUUGUUUGAAAUAACUAUGCGAGUAUAUUGCCUGCAUGCGGUUUUUUUUGUAAUUUAUUCAAUAAAUAACUAUGUAGGCUCAAAACUGUCGUUUCUUUAUAAACAAAAGACGCCGACCUACUGAAAUAAUCAUUCAGCUGAAAGAAAUGAGACUGACGUUGUUUCCUCAAUCGAUUAUUGAAUAUUCAACAGAAAACGGUAAAUUCUUGUUAAGGUAUACUUAUGAAAUAAUAAAAUGUUUUGCUGG